AUUGUGUACUUCCACUGCUCUCUCUUUGCUCUUGCUUCUCAUUUCCCUUUUAAGUUUUAACAUGCCUUUUUUUGAAGAUCCUAUACAAAGAGUUGCAGCCAUUUUGGGGUUCAAUUCCUCUUCUAUGGUGGGUGGUGCCGCUUGUGGUGGUGUUGGUGUUGAUGCUGAUGCUGGUUGUUGCACUGGUGCUGUUAAUGGUCAGUUCUCAAAUGUGGAUGAGAACAAUCUCAAGAUAGAAAAGGAAAUCAGUUGCAGGAAUCUUUAUCUUCGAACUAUUUCAGUAAAGUCAUAACUAAACUACGCUCUGUUUAGUUUUGGUUUGAGUAUAUAUAAUGUUGAGACAUUUAUAUAUCAUAUAUUGCUUUACAACAUUGUAAUUUACAAAAUACGAAGCUCUGUGAUAUUUUCUUAGAAAAAGGGGUAAUUUCAAGGUUAGUUACCUCUUGCAAUAUUGCAGUCAUAGGCCUUUUUGUUUAAGUUAAUUUUCUCCAUCAUCAAAUUGAUAAUUUUUAGCUUGUUUGCGUUGAGAGUGGAUAAAUUGUGGUUAUUAUG